CCCUCCCCCUCUGCUCAUGAAGAAUAGAGGCGGCCCGCUAAUGCAAGUCCUCUUCUCCCGUCGGAUUACAGCCGAGGCAGCACGCUAAAGGACGGUUCCCGAGCCAAAAAACAUCGAAAAAAGCCAAGCUACCAACAUGAGUGGACUGCAGUGCCUCGCCUCAGAGAACAUCUGGUUCGACAAACAUCGCUACGAUGAGGCAGAGACGCGCUUCUACGAGGGAGUCAACGGACCCUCCACACAGGUGAAAUCGGCCCUGCAGCAGCCCAAAGGGCGCCAGCCCAAACGGCAGCACAGAAACUCCUCCUCACACGCAGGAGGAGACCAGGAGCUGGUUUCACGCAUGAAGAGCAUGGAGCUGGAGAACCAGGCUCUGCACAAAGUGGUGACGGACUUGAGAGCAGCUAUGCAGAAGCUGGAGUCCAGAGUGGCCGUGCUGGAAAAGAGCCCAUCAGCUGCCCCAAGUGCUAAGGCUGUCCCGGUCCAGGCGGCUCCAGUCAAACAGGCAAAGGUGGAAAACGGUAACGAUGACGACGACGACGACAUCGACCUGUUCGGCAGUGACGACGACGACGACGGCGAGGCAGAACGCCUCAAGCAGGAGCGCAUAGAAGCCUACGCUGCCAAGAAGUCCAAGAAACCCGCCCUCAUCGCCAAGUCCUCCAUCCUGCUGGACGUCAAGCCAUGGGACGAUGAGACGGACAUGGCCAAGCUGGAGGAGUGUGUGCGCUCGGUGCAGAUGGACGGGCUCCUGUGGGGAGCGUCCAAACUGGUGCCGGUUGGCUACGGCAUCAAGAAGCUGCAGAUCAACUGCGUGGUCGAGGACGACAAAGUUGGCACCGACAUCCUGGAAGAGGAGAUCACCAAGUUUGAGGACUUUGUCCAGAGUGUAGAUGUUGCUGCUUUCAAUAAGAUCUAAGUUCCACCAGCUGUGUUCCGCUCCACCAAAGUGUUGCUGCUGCUCCCGACUUGCACGGUUAUUAAAAUGUUAAGUUUUGAGCACAA